GUUAGUAACCUACUUUGCGAUGCUAUAAACAUCACAAUGGCAGUCCAGCAAUUCGUCGGUAUGGCUGGUAUGGCCCUCUCGAGAGCUAACCACGCUUUUGCAGUUGGUGGCCAAUUUAACAACCCGCCUGACGUUCCGAUCUGGUGCGGAAAGGCGUACAUGAAGACCAACGCAUCCUUCGAACCCGGUGGAGAACUCGUUGAGCCCCCCAGAUCAGAUCACCCAUUGCUAGACUUGAAUAUAUAUCCACACUUCAACAUCUACACCGCGGGCGAAGAGUACGCAUCCUUCGUAAUUGACGCACCCAUAUCCUACAUCCACGGCUUUCCUUACUCAAACCCAACCAUCGACAAUACCACCAACACGGUCUCUCCCUUUACUUAUCUCAUCAUCGAAGUCUCCGACACGCACACCGGCGCUCAGAUCAUUAGCGGCGACCGAAGCGUGAAGAUCAACUCGACAGCAAACAUAUUCCCCUUUUCCCUCGACCAUUUCACACCCCGAUUCGCCCCCUACAACAUAACCCUAUCCGCAUCCUCCAUCGACGGCAGCCAGACCUACACCACACACACAUCCCUCACCUACCUCCCCGCCCGCACCGACCACGGCUCCGUCGUCAAACUCGACAACCUCCACGGCGGCCUCUACGUCCGCGACCAGCUCUCCAAAACCAGCACAACCUGGCAACCCAUCAUCCCCUUCACCUUCUACACCUCCUGGGACGGCUUCCUCCUCCCCUCCCCCUCCUCCCUCGACACCUACAAAGCCCUCGGCUACAACACAAUCCACAUCAUCCCCCCCGGCACCCAAGACCCCUUCGACCCCACCCUCUUCGAAUCCUACCUCUCCCACAUGGACGCCCUCAACCUCCACCUCAUCUACGACAUGCGCCACACCUACACAAACACCACCUCCCUAACCACCCAACUCCACCGCCUCACACCCCACAAAUCCCUCCUCCUCUGGUACACCGCCGACGAGCCCGACGGCAUCGGCGCCCCGCUCGACAGCCCCCGCCACGCCUACUCCCUCCUCAAAUCCCUCGACCCCUACCACCCCGUCAGCCUCGUGCUCAACUGCGCAAACUUCCACUACGCUGCCUAUGCCGCCGGCGCAGACAUCCUCCUGCAAGACGCAUACCCCGUCGGUAUCAACGCACAGCACAGCACAGUCUGGGACACGCCGUGCAACCGCACGUACGGCGACUGCGGGUGUGAUGGCUGCACAGGCCGACUUGAGGAUGUAGCGCGGCGGAUGGACGCGGUGGCGCGCUACGAGACGUGGAUUGCGCGGGAGGGGGAAGGGAAGAAGGCGUUUUGGGUUGUGCCGCAGGCGUUUGGGAAUGAGAGUUAUUGGCCGCGGUAUCCGCGGGCGGAUGAGGAGGUCGUGCUGGUGAUGCUGGGGGUGAAUCAUGGGGCGAAGGGGGUUUCGGCGUGGAGUUUUCCGACGACGGGGGAGUUGAGGGAUGUGACGGGGGCGUUGGCGCGG